AUGGAGAAUCAACGUGUCCAGCUACUGCUAACACUUCUCCCUAAACUUCCUCUUAUCCUCCGAGUAGCUAUCUUGCAUAUACUUCGGAGGUCUGAGUCGGCUAAAUAUCUCGAUCUCCGGAGCGCCAUCACAGUUUCUCUCCUCCGAUCGUUCAUUGCUCCAGACCGCCCAACAAGUAUAUCCGAGACGCAGAAGCUCACCUUGAGAGAUCCAGGAAUUAAGGGAAGGAUAUGGGUCAGCAACUACGCUGCACCCCCGCCCCCAGAAACUGGAGUCAAGGACGCGCUGCUGGCGGCCAUUCAUCAUCUCAAACCGACGACCGAUAUAGCGAUACCGAGUAGAAGUCUAGAUAUCUUACCUGUGGAAUCCGAGUGGACCGGAUAUCGAGCAGAUGCGCACCCGAAUUCUACUUUGCCGCUAAUAUCAGAGAAGGACAAGUAUGCCGAAUUAUUAAAGGAGUGCUCAAGCCCGACUACGAUUCUCUACUUCCAUGGGGGAGCUUACUAUCUCCUUGAUCCAGCUUCCCAUCGCCCAACAACUAAAAAGCUUGCUAAGCUCACUGGCGGGAGAUGCUACUCAGUCCGAUACCGCCUCGCGCCGCAAAAUCCCUUCCCCUCCGCCCUUCUCGAUGCUCUCGUCUCCUACCUCACCCUUCUCUAUCCAUCACCCGACGCGUAUCACGAACCGGUGAAAUCCGAGCAUAUUGUCUUUGCUGGCGAUAGCUCCCUUUCCUGGGAGAGGAAUGCGGAAUUUGACUAUCUUCCCAGCGUGACAGCCAAAAGUUUCGAAAACCACCUUCCUUGGUGGGAGCUACUAGCCGACGAGGACAAGUUCCUCGCUCUAAAACUAAAACAGGAUGGCAUCAAGGUUGUAUUUGAGGAAUAUGAAGCCAUGCCACAUUGCUUCGCCAUGAUACUAACAAACCUACCGGCCGCUAAGCGAUCCAAGCUUACCGCUCUCGUCGAACCAAACGUGCCGAUGGAUCGUCUCGUUGAGGCCACCCUCUCAAAAGGCCUCAUACCCCCGGUCGUCAUGGAAUUUCCCGGUAUCACUGCUGGGGGCGGCUUUGCAGGGACAGCUGGAGAAAGUAGCUCCUUCAAACACGGCUUCUUUGAUGAUACCGUCAAUGAGGUUGAGAUGGUGCUUGCUAACGGUGAAAUCGUCAGGGCGAGUCGUAAUGACAAGGGCGAUCUAUUCCACGGUGCUGCCGGCGCUGUCGGUACCCUAGGCGUGACAACCCUACUUGAACUCAGACUCAAAGAGGCUAAAUCAUACGUCAAGACAACAUAUCGACGAACCCAGAAUGUGGACGAGGCUAUAAGGAUGGUUAGGGAACAGACCCAGAAUCCCGAAAAUGAUUAUGUGGAUGGUAUUCUUUUCUCAAAAGAUCAUGGUGUCGUUGUUACAGGCACUAUGACAAAUGAGAAGCCAGCUACACAGCCCGCGCAAACGUUCAGUGGCGCAUGGGACCCCUGGUAUUACCUUCACGUCGCAGAGAAGACCCGCGAUGCCUCUACAGCUGCUAUCGUCGAUUACAUUCCAUUGGCAGAGUAUCUAUUUCGCUACGAUCGCGGUGGAUUCUGGGUUGGCCGAGCCGGAUUCGACUACUUCAAGAUCUUUCCCUUUAAUCGUUUCAUGCGUUGGUUUUUGGAUGACUUUCUCCAUACCCGGAUGCUAUAUCGCGCGCUCCAUGGAAGCGGAGAGUCCGCGCGGUUUGUUGUUCAGGACCUUGCCCUUCCUUACUCAACCGCUGCUCAAUUUAUCGACUACACAGCAAAAAUCUUGACAUCUGGCCACUUUGGCUCUGCCCGCUGA